UCAUUCUUUCUCUUGUUUGAAAAGCCAAAAAUUUGCAGCAGCUUUACUUUGCUGCAUGCUCUUGAUAUUAUAUAUUUUUCUUUCUCGGGUUAGCUUAGCUUAUCAUAUAUCUUAGGUUGUUUGCUUCUUUCAUCUCAGAAUCUCAAAAGUUGAGAAUUGAAUUUGCAAGAAUGGGACAUCUCAAAGAUUUACAAAUUCAUCUCCAUCGUCUUUCUUUCUUUUCUUUCGCAUGUUGUUUUCUUUGAUCAUUUUGUUUCACAAAAAUAUCCAUAUCCAUAUCCAUAUCUAUAUAUAUAUAUAUACGUACUUAUAUAUGUGUGUAGAUCUGAGAGAUUCAGUACCAAAUCUCAACUUUCUUACCUCAAUUUCUCUUACAUUCUUACAUAUAUAAAUAUAAAUAUAUAUAUAUAUAUGUACAUAUUGUGUCUGGUUCGCCAUCUUGGUUCAUCUCAAUUAAUACUUAUUGUCUGAGGCAGAAAUGGUGUGCUACAGUAGUAAUCAAAUGUGCAUCCAUUUACAACAACAUUUCAUCGUUUAUCUUCUUGUCCUCGUUAUUUCCACCUCGUCCCACUCCAAAUUAUUCACUGCUCAAGGUAGACGACUGCUCCCCAAAACAGCUGACAACUCCACGAAUAACUCAGCAGUAGUCGAAGAAAAAUCGAUAUUCCGAACCCAAAUCGGGUCGCGGCCGCCGCAGUGCGAUCGGAGGUGCAGCUGGUGCACACACUGCCAAGCCAUUCAAGUCCCGACGAACCCGACAAGAAGAAACUUCCCCGCUACAAACGACGUCGUUUCAGAAAGAUCAUCCGACGAGGGCACCUCCAAUUACAAGCCCAUGAGCUGGAAAUGCAAAUGUGGAGACCUAAUCUUCAACCCCUAAUCAUUCAUCAUUACUACUCCUACUACAUUAUUAAUUAGAACCUAUCCAUGUAAUUAAUUAUCUCAUCAUAAGGUAAUACUAGUAUUAUCAAGUUUUGAUUUUUGAAGCAGCUAUGAGCUAUAAUAAGCCUAUAAGCUAAUUAGGGGGUUUUGUGGGAAGCCAUUACUGUACCUUUUCGUAAGCAUCUUCAAAAUUUCCCCAUCUGUUCCUGUCUGCACAAAAAAAAAAAAAUUCAAAAUAUUCAUGGCC